CGUAAGUGAUACGAGGGAUGCAUGUCUUCGUAUGCUAAUAGUGUGAGUGCUUUGAGAACGAGGCCUUGAGGCCUACUCAGCCUAGUCUGUGCCUCCCUGCUGAUCAGUGCCCCUACAGGCCACAGCUGAUCAUCGGAGGCACAGAGGCCUGUCAACUUUGCCCUGUGGUUUUCAGCACAUCCAUGCUGUGGAUGACGAGGUGAUACUUUUCAAACAAUAACUAAGAGGUACAUUGUUUUCAGAUGCAUAGAUUAACCUAUAUAAGUGAUUAUUUUAUGGCAGAAACCUCCCACAGACAUACAACGGAUUAGAAUUACUGGUCAGACGAUGACUGAAACACAUAUUUCGAGUCCUUGAGAAUCUCAAUGAUCUUCCUGUUCUGGAUCUUAGAAAAGCAAACAAAUAAAGGCAAAUUUACCAUGUGAGGGUUUAAUUUAUUUCAGUUUACUUUUUCAAAUAUGUCAUCACUCUGUGGAUCUGGAAUCCUGUUAUGGAGAUAUUUUUUUCUCAGAUAAUUCUCAGAAAAUCUACUGCACCCACCCAUUUAGACUUUCUGGCUCCAGUUAUAGAAGUGGCACUGCGGCCACUGUUUCAUGUGAUACCACUGAGUGGCCACCAGGUGGCUGCUAUGUGUGGACAGAACUGCGAUAUCAGGAAGAAAAUAUAUAUACCUUAUAUACCUAUACCUUAUACCCCUUGUCAUACUAUACUGUAUGUCAGAAAGCAAACAGAUGAGCCCUAUUUGGUUUUGAAGCAGAAUUUCAGUGUGAUUAAAAUCAAGUGAGCUUCAAAGGAUAUUUUACUUUAUUGCUGCCUAUUGAUAUGAAACCCACUGACACACUGUAGUUCAUGCAAUAAAUGGCUUCUAUUGCUGAUGUGACACUUUGUGCCAGAUUAAUUGCCUAUAUGUAUUUCAAGGGUAGUCAAUUAAUUAAUGGGUAAUUAUUAUAUUAUCCACAAAGAAUUCCUAGUGGUUAAAAUGGUCAUCUCAGGAGUGGGAGGUUAGUGUUUUAAACCCGUAUUAUGUCUCAUCAAAGACAUAGGGAUAGCUUUGUAAUCUUAUCAUAUCGGGGGGGGGAUUUGAAUUUGAAAUAAUCCGGUCAGAUACAGAACUUUUUGUGUAACCUAAUCAUGCAAGUAGUUUGAUCAGGUGGAGGAAUAUAGGGAAAUAUAAUUUCACUGACCAGUCCUCUCACAACCCAGUUGCAUAGCCUUCACUGCAACAGCUGUUCAUAUCUCGCGUGUUGUUCCAUUAUUAUUUAGCCACCUUAUCAAACUUCAAGAACUGUAGUAUUUCUAGGAAAAAAAACAAACAUUUUCCGUUUGUGUAUUAUAAAUAUUCUAACAUACUAUAUAUAAUAUGUAGUUCUGCAAUGUUUAAGAAAAUUACAUUGUUGGGCAUAAACAUUUCCCGUGCAAUUACAUGUGAUAUUUUUUUUCCUCAAAAACCCUGAGAAAGAUCAAUCUAUGAAUAUAAACUGUUUAACAAAGGACGAUAGGCUUGUGUUUUUUUAGUAAAUACUAUGCAAAUACUAUUUAUCAUGUAUGCAGUCCUGAUGUGUGGAUGAUGAAAAGCAUGGAAUUAUGUGGUGUGUAGAAAGCAGCAGGUGCCACCCAAACAUCAGGAAUCUUCAUCAUCUGAAAGAUAAUCUCAUUGUUGUUGUUGUUGUUGUUGUUGUUGUUUUUUUAGUUUCGUCACACUGCUGCUCCCCAUACUAAUUCAAUGUCGUCCGGAAGGGAGGUUUUGCUGCCAGUAUCAAAAGAUUGGGGUCUGUACUGUGUAUUCGUGAGGUGAUAUGACACAAACAGGACACUAGAGCAGCUAAAAUGAAGCGCAAUUAUCUAGUGUAGUUUAAGAGAUGAAAAACAGACACUUGAAUAGCCUGUUUCCUUUCUUGAAGACAAUGGGCAAGUGCGUGCAUCAUGACCCAUGUGAUUUGUCUUUUGAAGUCAACUUUCAUGGCAGUGAAACUGGUUUGAAGUUGGUUUCCGUUAGCAUGAGGAGAAGGCCUACACAAUCUGCACUCAGUCAUGUAAAUAGAAGAGUGAUUUCCAUCCUCAGAGGCUAGCGAGAGUCUCACAGUACCAUGUCGGGUUCAGCUUCCUCCCCUCCCCCUUGUCUGCAGUGCUGACGCAUCUGCUGCUUGUGCAUCAACCAGCAGCCUGUUUAUAGGCAUACCCAGAGUCCACGUUGAAAACAGGGCUCUAUCUUUUCCCCCUCAGCCUUGCAUUCGGUCUGCAUUGUCACUGCCACUGUUGGAAAAGAGCACUGAUGAACAUCUGUCCUGUGACUGCCGCGAUGCACAGCAGGACAGUCGUCACUGCCAUCUUCUCUCGGCUUCUGCAUUACCUAACCACAGUGACUGCGUAAGCACAGACGAAGGGCUUUGGUGUGAUACAUUAUGCUGCUGCACAGACACAGACUGAGUGCACAAGCAUGAAACAGAUGGUGUAUCGUUAUGCAUUCGAGGUGCAUGUUGUUUCCGCAAGGGCUGCAGAUUAUUUUAAAAAUGUAAAACAUUUUGUGCAAAAGACAAUUUUCUUUUUGAUCAUCAAGAUGGAUGAGGCUUUAGCUGGUGAGGGAUUUAAUACCGUGUGUUUUUGUACAGCAGAGGACGUCUAACUGUGCGCUGAUGCCAGCAAUGCAGCUGAGGGUUUUCCCUGGCUGUAGCAUCGAGUACUGAGGUGAUGUAGCACCCAGCAUCUCUCCGCUCUCCUCGCAUCUCUCUGCCUUGCUUAAUAAAAGUUGCCGCUUCCUGCUCAGUGGCUACAGUGUGAACGCUUCAGUUGCCCAGCUAACACAAAGGCAGACCCAUACUCUGGAUUAGCUACAUGCUGUAGAAUCUGUGAGUUAUCCACACAGCUGGACAGCCAUAGUGGGACAGAAUUGGGACAGUGAGAUGAGGACAGGGUUGUUCUAAUCCAGGACCUGGGCUACAUGGAUAGAAGCAAAGGACAUUGGAGCUGAAGUCAUCUGCACAGAGAGAGGGAGGGAGAGGAAGAAAGACGUCAGAAAAAAGCAACACCAGCGUUCAGCAACCAUCACAGAAAGCAACUACUUUCGCCUUGCUCUCACAAAACUGUUCAUGUAUAGUCGGCUGUAUUGAGGGCUGUACAAAGGGGAUACUGCAUGACAUUGUUUCCUGUUCACCCUGCAUCUUUUUCUCUGAUUUACUAAGAUGACUGUGGUGUGCCCAUGCACUCAGAACCUGAUGGAUAGUGCUCACCCUCACACUGUGCUCAGCAAGCUCAAUGAACAGCGCUCACAAGGCCUCUUUUGUGAUGUCACCAUUGUGGUGGAGGAUGUUAAAUUUCGGGCCCACAAGAACAUACUGGCAGCCUGCAGUGGUUACUUCAGGAACGCCCUGACAGCUUCUGAAACAUGGAGCUCAGGCCAAGUGCUGGAGCUGAUGGACCUGAAGUCAGAUGUGUUUGCCAGCAUCCUGAACUUCAUCUACUGCUCAAAGGUGAUGUCACCUGUUGCAGAGGACACUGGGAGAUUAGUGGCCGCUGGAAAAAGACUUGGAAUUCCUUUUUUGGAGAAGCUUGCAGAACAAGAGAAACAGAAUGAAUGUGUUAAAUCCAACUCAGGCCUGGUGUUUAACAAAACAAAGAAUGAAGCUUCCAGGCCUGAGGAGGUGGACAGUGCCAGAGGGCCACGCAUCACCAAUGCCUUCUCUAUCACUGAGGUGUGUCCUGGGAAUAAUCUGUUCACCCCCCUGGUUCAAACCAAUGCAGAGAGGCAGUCCCCAGAUGAAGGACAGCUUCCAUCUAGUUGCCCUACAACGUCCUGCCUCAGUGGGAACAAUGAGACCACACACGCUCUCUCAGAGCACUCGUAUGCAGUCAGCAAAUCUACUGAAAGCAAAGAUAGCAGUCAGUCAGAAAACAAGAAGCCAGCAAUCUCACAGCCAAAGCAGCUCAUUAACAGGAACACAGGCCCACUUAAAAAGCGACACAGGCUGAGAGGCAUUUUGGGCAGAACAAUACUUCCAACAUCAGCGGAAUCACACACAGACAAACCAAAUAACGUAGCACUUACAUUAACUGAUAGUGUUACUGAAGAACCUGCUGCAGCCAGGACACCACCUUCACUUGUUUCAGAGGGAGAAAGAGAAAAGAGUGUAGAGCCAGGAGAACCAACAGACACUGACAAUGGUCAAAAAGAGUUAGAGCCACCAACCCUUUCCCCUCACACAGAAGACAGCAUCUCAAUCUAUGGCUGCGAGCACUGUCCGGAGAUAUUUACGAAUAAAGCUCUUCUCACAGUUCACUCAGAAGUACAUACAAAGCGUUUUGUCAGUCAUUUGUUUUGCAAGUUCUGCCACAGGAAGUUCAUUCACCCAAAACGGCUGCGCAACCAUGAGCAGAUCUGUCCUAAGGCUAUAAAAGAGCGACAAAAACUCGAGACUCCAGGCAUACCAGUCAAAGAGGUGGACAUUCAUUUGGAUGACAUGGAUGACAUACCAGACAUGGAGAGCAUCGGGAUACAGCUUCCCCCUGCUGACCUCUCCACCCCCUCUAGCCCAGAGCCCCUUCAAAUGGACCAUUUAGAGCCCCCACAGGGAGCAAAGGCAGUGCGGCCAGGGGGCAGUCAGAGGAGAUACAACUGUAGUGUGUGUAAGAGGGUCUAUGUCACUCUAUCCAGUCUGAAGCGGCAUGAGAAUGUACAUUCCUGGCAGAGGGCCUAUCCCUGUCAUUAUUGUAAUAAAGUGUUUGCCUUGGCAGAGUACCGAACGAAGCAUGAAAUAUGGCAUACGGGUGAACGACGCUAUCAGUGUAUUUUCUGCCUGGAGACAUUCAUGACAUACUAUAUCUUGAAGAACCAUCAGAAAUCUUUUCACGGCAUUGAUCCCAGUUUAUCUGUUAAGAAAAAGUCUGCCAGUGGUGGGCUGAAAGCCAGUGUUUACCCAAUCAAGCUCUACAGGCUUCUGCCUAUGAAGUUUAGAAAGAGAAAAUACAAGACGUACAGUCAGACUUAUUCAGAGAGCUCUGAUGGAGGCAACCAAGCUGCAGUAGACAGCGACACUCCUCCACUGGAUGAAAACAGACUUGUCAGCCCUGACCCAGUGUCAUUCCCUCUGACAUUCAUGGCAACAACAAAGACAGUGGCCCCUGUCAUUCCACGCAUCAGUUUUGACAAGCUAAGUGACCAAAGCAUUGAUCAAAGUUUGAAUCAUGAAUUGGAAACUGAGGGAGACACAAGAAAAGAGGCUGAGAAAGGAGAUUCCACCAUCACUGACCACAACAGUACCUUGCUGUUGCAACAUAAUGUGGAGACUCACAAAGACGACCCUCCAGUGCUAAUGAACUCAGAGUACGUUGGUCAUAAUGUGCCGUUCUUAAACUCUUUAAAAGCUGUAAAAAAGUUAGGUGAACUGUCAGCUUCUGCAAAAAGAGUUGAGGAUAUGACUAAGGAGAUACUUCAGUCAAGAACAGAGAAUCUAGUGCGUGACAAAAUGGGGAGGUCAAAGACUGAAACGUAUAUUGCUAAACCUGCAUGUCCGGGGCCAUCUGUGGAUGGUGAUGCCAUGCCACUCUGUCAGAUAACAGUAAAAAUAGGCAACGAAGCCAUCAUUCGGCGCCAAAUCAAAGGAUCCAAGCUUUUCCCCCGAAAGAAAAGGAGAGUUCGAGAUGUGAGUGAGCAGGAGAGCCAAAGUCAGUGUCCUCCGAUGACAGGAAGCUCAGAGAGCCCCAGAUUCCGCCUCAGACAAGAAGUUACCUCCUCCACUGAGCAGCAGGUGUACGAUGACCCCAAUGACUGUGACACUGCUGAUGUACUUUGGCGUCCCUACUAUUCCUACAAAGCUAAAAAGAAGCGGAAGAGGUUGAGAUUCAAGCACAGAAAUGCUUUGUUUCACCAGUUUUCUGACACAACUGUAGAUCGAGCUGCAGCCACUGAGGCCCACCUUGACAAGAGCAGCUGGAUGACUGAGAAGAACCUCUCGGGUGGUAGUGCAGAGGUAAAGCGCAGUCUUAGUAGGAACUGCAGCCCGAGGGCCUCCUACAACUGUGACAUCUGUGACAGCUCUUUUAUCACAGAGACCGGUCUGAGAGCUCACAUAGUUGGCUCGCACCCAUGUUUUUGCCGGACCUGCGGUAAACAAGGUCCCCCAGGUGAGGCGCCUGCUGGUGGUGAUUACAUCUGCAACAGCUGUAUGGAAAGUGGUUCCUGCUUUGACAACAUACCACGAAGCCCCAACCCAGAGAAAAAGUAUCGUUGCUCCUUCUGUCCCCAGCGCUUCCUCUACCUUGCCACCAAGAGAAGUCAUGAGAAAAAACACCAAGAGACAAACGAGGAAGGAUUUGAUUGUAACAACUUUACACCAUCUUCUAAAUACCUGAGUGAAGACAUAAAGCAGGACACCAUCAAAACAGAGGACAGCAACACUCAAGGGGACACUGAAGUAAAAAGUGAAAUGGAGGAUGGACUUUUUUCCAUUGAUAAAAUGAACCCUAAAAUCGAGGAUACAACUGACUUUAUGUCUUUAAAUUCAUACCAGGACAUGUCAUAUUCCAACAUAAAAACCCCAUUAUCACCCUGCAGUGACCCACUGCUUCCCCAUGCAUCAUCAAAAGUAAAACAUAAAAUGGCAAAAAAAAGCAUCAAUACUCAACCUUCUAUGCAUCUCAUCCCAAAAAAGGCAGCCUGCAUGAGAGACAACGAUAGAAACAAGGAUAAUGUGAUGGGACCAAGAACCAACAGUCACAGCCAACUGUUCAGGAAAAAUGACUCAGAGACUAAAGGCCAUGUUUCUGUACACAGGUCAGAUAAAUGGGUCUGCAAAGAGGAGCCAUUUUUCUAAAGAUUGUUGAGGGCAGUGUUCAACUAUCAGCAAAAGAGAAAGUGAAUGAAAUGUGAUUUGGAAGCCACUGCACCUUUAGUUAGGAAUUGUAAAAUGUGUUAGGUUGUAUUUGCAGCCAAGCAAAUAUUUCAAAUGGACAUCACCGGACAUGAUGAGGACGUCAUGUCAGUGGAUUCUAUGAUUUCUUCCCUCCUACACUCAAACUACUGAGUGGUUUUUUUCCACCUUUGUAGAAGAUGUUUCUUCAUUUAUGUAUCUUCUGACAGAGACUGUGCUUUGUCCAUUGUCUAUGCAUAUAAGGCAGAUCCAGUGACAACCUCUUGAAAGCAAAUGAUGUGCAAUUUCAGAACAGGGACGGGAUGCACUGGAAAGCUGUCCAGUGUGGUGACAUUUUCACAUUUUAAAAUAAGUAAAACAAUAAGAACCUUUGUCACAUCUCUGAAUCUGCCACUGAACUAACUGGGCAUGGUGAGUUGCACUUUAUAGAGUGACUAUGCUAAUAUGUUCGUACAAUACUUUGAUAAUUACAUUUCACUUCCAAGCACCAUUGAUAGACUUCUACUUUCUAAUGAACACAAUGAUGACAUCAUUGAGCUACUCAUUUUUGUGUGUUAAACAUGUAUAAAACUUGUAAAAGACAAAUUAUUUAAAUAAAUGUUGAUAUGCUACAGA